GCGUCCCCUGAGGCUUGUCACCAACCCCUCCGCCCACCACAAGAAGAUAGAAGCUCUCCCCAACAGAACACCCCCACCUCAGCAGAAAAGAAAACUAAAUUGGAAGAGGCACACACAGAGAGAGAGAGGGAGGGUACCAGUGAAGCAAGGAAGAGGACUAGAGAGAGAGAGAUGGCAAGCGAGAUGGAACGAGCGAAGGGAGGGUUUUGGGGGUUUGCGGCGAGGAGGUGCGACUCGUGCAAGGGGUCGCCGGCGCUGCUGUUCUGCCGGGCGGACUCGGCGUACCUUUGCGGCACGUGCGACUCGCGCGUGCACGGGGCGAACAAGCUGGCGUCGCGGCACGAGCGGGUGUGGAUGUGCGAGGUCUGCGAGCAGGCGCCGGCCAGUGUCACAUGCAAGGCAGACGCCGCCGCGCUCUGCGUCACCUGCGACGCCGACAUCCACUCCGCCAACCCCCUCGCCCGCCGCCACGAGCGCGUCCCCGUCGUCCCCUUCCUCGAACCCGUCGCCACCGCCCUCAAGUCCGCCGGCGGCGGCGAGGGGUUCCUCUUCAAGGGCGUCGACGACUGCGACGAGGAGGAGAACGAGGCGGAGGAAGCGGAGGCCGCGUCGUGGCUCCUACCAAGUCCUACUCCCCCGAACCCUAACCCCAAAGGGGGGAUGUUGGAGGCGCCGGAGCUGAAAACGGCGGACUACUUCUUCUCAGAUGUGGAUCCGUACCUGGAUCUGGACUACGCCUCCUCCAUGGACGCCCGAUUCCACCAGACCGACAGCGUCGUCCCCGUCCAGGCCAAGACCGUCGGCGGCCCGCCACCUCCGCCCCUCCUCGCGCCUGAUGGCGGCCUGGAUCUCGAUUUCACCCAAUCCAAGCCCUCCUACAGUUCCUACACGGCCCAUUCCCUGAGCCACAGCGUGUCCUCGUCGGAGGUAGGGGUGGUGCCGGAUGGUAGAUACGGCGGCGGCGGCGGCGCGAUGGCGGACGUGACGAACCCGUACGGCAGCGGGGGUAGGGCGGGGAAUCCGGCGGCACAGAUGGACCGGGAGGCGCGGGUGAUGAGGUACCGAGAGAAGCGAAAGAACCGGCGGUUCGAGAAGACGAUCCGGUACGCGUCGCGGAAGGCCUACGCUGAGACGCGGCCAAGGAUCAAGGGGCGGUUCGCCAAGCGAACGGAGAUCGAAGCGGAGGUCGACCGUAUCUACUCCGCCGCGGCAGCGGCGGCGUUCAUGGUGGACCAUGGUUACGGCGUCGUGCCGUCCUUCUGAUCUCCGCGAUUCCGGGCCGGAGCCUGGAGCUCUGUUGUGAGAUUUAUUGUUGUUUUUGGCUUUUAUGAACUCUCUCCUUGUCUUCUUGUCUCGCUCUUUGAUGUAUAUUAUUAUUGCGUUUUUAAAGGCCUUUUUUUUGAAUGGCGAGAAAAAUUAAGUGUCCUCGGUUUGGAGGAGAGAGUGGCUUAUUCGGGGUA